UUUUGUCAGCAAUUAAAUUGAAAUCAAAUAUGAUCAGCCAGUUCUCAAAGAAGUCUCCGAAACUUAUGCAGAGUCUCUCACUUGUGUCUUGCAGAGCAAUGAGUGCAUCCAGUCCUUCCGGCUUCAAACACUUCGAACUUAAAGAUAGACAUAAAGAACUCCUGACUCAAGAGUUCUUGCAAGAAAGAGCUGUAGAACUUGGCAGAGACGGGUUCACCAUCAUUCACGAUCUCUACGACUCCGAAACCAUCGAUGCUGUCAGAGAUGAAAUGGACUCCAUCAUUUCUGAAGCAGAGAGCACAGGCCUUGAUGAAAACGCAGUGUUCACAACAAAGAAACAGAUCGAGCAUCUCUCCGAGUCAGUGGACUACUUCCUUGACAGCGGCUCGAAGAUAAGCUUUUUCUACGAAAAAGAUGCUUUUGACAAAGAUGGAAACUUAGUUGGGCCUUUGAACAGUGUCCUCAAUAAAGUUGGACAUGCAAUGCAUGACUUGAACCCGGCUUUCCACCAGUUCUGAUACUCCAACUUGGUAAAGUCUCUGGCUUGAAAUGUUCUGGGCUUUAUCAACCCUUGUCUAGUUCAAACAAUGUACAUUUUCAAGAGCGCUAAAGUUGGAGGCGAAGUCAAUCCUCAUCAAGACAACACUUACAUCAUAUCGAAUCCUCUUUCAUGCAAAGCCAUUUGGGUUGCAUUGGAUGACGCCACCAAAGAAAAUGGGUGCAUGUGGGGGAUCCCAGGCUCGCACAAAACGACUCCGAUCGAUUACUACAUGAAAGCGAAACGAACAGAAAUCAAACACCAGGAUGGCUCGUUCUCUCACUAUGAAAGCAGCGUUUUCUACGAACCUGAGAACCCUCCAGAGUACACAAUUGAAAAUGAAGUUCCGCUUGAAAUGAAGAAAGGCAGCAUUGUACUCUUUGAUGGGUCUUUUGUGCACUACAGCGAUCACAACUAUUCAAGCAAGAAGAGACAUGCCUUCACAAUGCACAUGGUUGAAACCAAAGAUACUGUCUGGAGCAAAGACAACUGGCUUCAGAGAACUCCAGACAAUCCUUUCAGACUCAUGUUGGAGCAAGAUCCUUAAUGGAUGAUUUAAGAUUCAAUCU